UACAUAAUGAUUGACAUUUAUAUGAGUUGAGUAAUUUCGCCUUUAUUAAUUGUGUAUUAUCGAAAUAACAUAUUGAAUAUAUUGCUCUGUAUUCAACGUUAAUGUUUAAUCAUGAAAAGUAUACUUAUUGUUGGAAGAUUAAUUAAUGUUACAGUCGGUAAAAUCAUUGGGGAUAACAAUCACCUCUGCCAUUAUACUCUCUUGUAAUGCCUUCUGUUUCCAUACGUGUUGUUGCUUUGGAAGAAUAAUAUGUACUUUGAAGUAAUUUUAUUCGACUUGUGUAACCUAUAGCUAUUCUUGGAAAAGCUUGACAUUUUUUAUUGUUUAAAGAAUAAAACUCUUUGGCAAUUAAGUGAAAAAUAUGUGCAACGUAUUUUAGAAGGCUUCAACUAUUUUUUUGAUAAUUUUUUCUCGAAAACUGCUAUGACCUUACUUCUGCAACAAUUGUGACAAUAUUGUAACAAUCAAGUGUAAUGAUUGUCAUCAUGAGCAACAAGUAGAUUUGUGAACUUCUAGUACUAUUGAUGAUCUUUUGAAGAGGAUAUGGCUAAUCCUCCUAACAACAAUGGCCAAUCAUUGUUUUGGAAUUUUGGAGCAACUCGGCCACAAAACGUUGGAUACUAUAAUGUACCACCUCCAAAUUUUCCACCACCAAAUUUGAACCAACCACCACCUUCCGCAUACAAUAUUCCACCACCAUCAUUACCUGAGAGCAAACCUUUACCUACUGCAGUAGUAUCAUUUCAUUCGAAUCUACCAUCUUCAUCUUCUGAUUAUCCUAAUGCCCCAAACACAUACUACUCUCAGUUCCCAUAUCAAAAUCAACAAGAAGUACCAUACAAUCAAAAUCUAUAUGUUCCUGGAUAUUCGCAAGUACCAGGUGCCAAUUUUAAUUGCAAUUGGAAUAGCAGAAAUCCGUAUCGCAAUAAUGAUGGUAAUAGCUGGACUCAAUAUCUAACGCCAGUAAAUUGGAAUGCAAAUGCGCCACAAAGCGAAUCAAAUCCUCAUUGGAACGAUGGUAAUUCUAUACAAAAUGAUGAUAAAAAAUCAAUACCACAACGGUUUGAAGUGCCACAAUAUAGUAGGAAAACUGAAUGGAGAUUUGGUGAGAAAACAUCACAUGACAGCACAGGAGGGAGACGACGUUCCAGGAGUUCAGAAGGUCGAUCCCGUAGUAGUAGAUCAUCUUGUAGGUCCCGCUAUGAUGAUGAGAGGCACAAAUACAAUAAAUACAGCAAAGAAAAAUCCAAUGCCAGAGAAUAUUCUUAUGAUGGUGGUGAUGUAGAUAGAAAACCAUCACACAGAAGAAAUGGUAGUCAUUCUUCCUGGUCAAGUGCUGCUACAUCUGAGAGGAUGAAUACAGGCAACAGGAGCAGAAAGAGAUCCAGAUCACAAGAGUCCCACACUUCCAGAUCCUCCCCUACUAGUAGUAACGUUUCAGUGAAACAUAAGGGUCUUAGCGAAAGAGAACUUGUUUUAGAAAAAUACAGGCGAAACUACUGCGCUACCAGUAAAGAUAUGGAGCGCAAAAUGGAUGAAUUAUGCGCUAUGGGUCCUGAAGGUAUAAUGGAAAAUGAACGAAAAGUUUGGACGCGCACAGCACCCGCAGAUUUAUAUUAUGUCAGAGAUGAAAAUAAUCCAAAAAUAAUGAAAGGUACUACAAAACUUCGUGAACUCUGUGAUAUCUUCAAGAAGUUGCUCGUAGAAAGAUCGACAGCGGCACGUGCUCUACAGCCCCCCUAUGAGCCACCACCAAGAAAAACACGAGCUCGACUCUGCAGACACAAAUCUGAAGCUUGUAGCAGCUCUUCUUCAGAUAGCGACAGUUCAAUGGAUGAAGAUGAUAGAACAAUGGAGGAAUUAAUGGCAAAAAAACAGCAUCCUCAAAGACUACAUCCCGAAAUGUGGUUCAAUGAUCCUGGAGAGAUGAACGACGGACCACUAUGUAGAUGCAGUGCAAAAUCUCGCAGAUCUGGUAUACGACAUGGUAUCUACGCUGGGGAAGGUGCAAUUGCUAAAUGCGAAAUGAAUUCCAACAAUGCUGAUAAACUUUAUCACUAUCGUAUAACCAUUAGUCCCCCUACAAAUUUCCUCACAAAGACACCAACGAUCAUCAAACAUGAUGAGCAUGAAUUCAUAUUUGAAGGUUUCUCUAUGCUUUCUCAUUUUCCAUUAGUCAAACUACCAACAUGCAAAGUUAUCCGCUUCAAUAUUGAAUACACUAUACUUUACAUCGAUGAGAAGUUACCUGAAAACUUCACAAUACAGGAGUUGGAUUAUUUUCAACAAUAUUUAUUUAACGAGAUUUUGGAGCUCGUUGACUUCGACCUAAGAGCAGCUCAGGAUAAAUCUGGCUGUGGACAAUUUCACUUCAUGCCGAGAUUCGUGCGUGACUUACCUGACAAUGGCCAAGAGAUAUUAUCAAUGAACGAAGUCUUGAAUUAUUUAAUAAAGAGCAGCACUCUCUUGAUCGAACCCGAGCAUCUACCUAGAUUAGUAGAAAUGCAUCAGUACAAGUGGCAGAAUUUUGCGGAUGAGGUAAAAGGAAUGGUGGUGACGUAUCCUGGAAAGAAACCAUGUAGUGUCAGAGUGGACCAGCUUGAUAGGAACCAGGGUGAGCAGCCUCCUGGAGUAGUAUCGUAUCCAGAAAUAGUACACUUCGGAAUCAGACCACCACAGCUGAGCUAUGCUGGAAAUGCAGAUUAUCAAAAAGCUUGGCGCGAUUACGUAAAGUUCCGUCAUCUUUUGGCAAACAUGCCAAAACCAUCGUUCGAGGAUAAACGUAAAUUGGAGGCGAAAGAAAACAAACUUCAAGAGUUACGUACUCAAAGCAAGAUGAAGCGGGACGUGAUAGUGGACGUUUCUUCAGAAGGAUUUUACAAGACAGGAAUAAUGUGCGAUAUCGUUCAGCACGCUAUGUUGAUUCCUGUAUUAGUUUGUCAUCUAAGGUUUCAUAAAUCCCUGGACAUACUGGAGCGCACCCUGGGAUAUGAGUUUAAAAAUAGAUACUUAUUACAGCUGGCACUUACUCAUCCUAGUUAUCGUGAGAAUUUUGGUACCAAUCCUGAUCAUGCAAGGAAUUCAUUAACCAACUGUGGAAUAAGACAACCAGAAUAUGGCGACCGUCGUAUCCAUUAUAUGAAUACCCGUAAGCGUGGAAUAAACACAUUGAUUAAUAUAAUGUCAAGGUUUGGAGCGAGACGCGAAACGGAAUCGUCGAUUGCUCACAAUGAACGAUUAGAAUUUCUGGGCGAUGCUGUUGUCGAAUUUCUUACAUCUAUACACCUGUUUCACAUGUUUCCUGAUCUUGAAGAAGGUGGUCUAGCGACUUAUCGAGCAGCUAUUGUGCAGAACCAACAUCUUGCUGUCCUGGCCAAGAAACUUAAUCUAGAACAAUAUAUGCUCUAUGCUCAUGGAAGUGAUUUGUGCCAUGAUCUUGAACUGAGACAUGCCAUGGCUAAUUGUUUCGAAGCUCUUAUGGGUUCAUUAUUCCUUGACGGAGGCAUUGAAGUCGCUGAUAGAGUCUUCGGUGAGACUUUAUUCAAGGAUGAAAUGGAUCUUAGUAAAGUCUGGGUUAAUUAUCCCAAGCAUCCUCUACAAGAACAGGAACCGACUGGGGAUAGACAGUGGAUACCUAGUUUCGAAUUAUUACAGAAACUUAUGAAAUUCGAAGAAUCCAUUGGCGUAGAAUUCACCCAUAUUCGAUUAUUAGCCAGAGCGUUCACCGAUCGUAGCAUUGGCUAUACGAAUUUAACAUUAGGUUCUAAUCAACGAUUAGAAUUCUUGGGUGAUACUGUUCUGCAAUUAAUAGUAUCCGAAUACUUAUACAAAUUCUUUCCAGAACACCACGAAGGUCAUCUAUCACUCCUCCGUAGUUCUCUAGUUAACAAUAAAACACAAGCUGUUGUGUGCGAUGAUCUUGGUAUGACGCAGUAUGCCCUUUAUGGAAAUCCAAAAGCAGAAUUGAAGACAAAAGACAGAGCUGAUUUAUUAGAAGCAUUUUUGGGAGCUCUUUAUGUCGACAAAGGAUUAGAGUAUUGUCACGUAUUCUGUGAUGUUUGCUUUUUCCCUCGUCUUCAAGAUUUCAUAAUGAAUCAGGAUUGGAAUGAUCCCAAGAGCAAAUUACAACAAUGCUGCCUGACAUUGAGAACAAUGGACGGAGGCGAGCCUGACAUUCCCGUCUACAAAGUGAUUGAGUGCAAGGGUCCUACAAACACACGAGUCUACACGGUCGCCGUUUAUUUCCAAGGGAAACGCUUGGCUAAAGCAUCAGGCCAUAGUAUUCAGGAAGCUGAGAUGAAUUCAGCUAAAGAGGCUCUUGAAAAAUCACAAGAUUUGUUUCCCCAAUUGGAUCAUCAAAAGAGAGUAAUUGCAAAGAGCAUGAAGAUGCAGCAUUGGCCAAACAGACAAAAGCUGCGUGGCAAACCAACAAAACCAAGUGAGAGAUCUGAUGACUCUGACUCCAGUCAGCAGCGUAAGCGACGUAGUCGCAGUAGAGAACGGGAUCUUCCUGAUAGGCGAUCUAGGGAUCGUUAUGAUAGUGUUGAUCGCAGAUGGAAAGAUCUUGAUAGGAGUGGCGAUAGGCAUAGGAAGCACAGGAGUCCAGCUAGAAAAAAUCGUAGUAGUACAGAACGAACAACACAGAGGGAGUUAACUGAUUAUGAUAACUCUAGAGAACGUGAAUAUAAAGCGGAAGUUCUAGAGAGGCACGGUAGUUCUGGCGGACUUGAGAUGAUGGAGCAGAAUGAUUCUUUUGAACGUGACAGUGUACAGGAUAGGGAUGGCAAUUUAGAUAGACAUUGCCAGGAUGGUAUUAGGAAGCGAAAGAGAUCAGUAGAAAAAGAUACUAGCAGUAGCGAUGAUGAUAAUGUUCCUGAACAAUACAAAACUAGUAAUCUCAAAUCGCACUCUGGUAAGAAGACCAGAUCUUGAAUCAUCGGACUCCAAUUCUUUAACAGGAUACUGAGAAUAUAUUUGUGUGAUCAUUACGGUGGGUAAUUAUCAUCUGUUGUCAUUGUAUCGCUUCCCUUUAUUGUGAGUGAUAAGAAAAAUUGUCAAUAGUGCACAUUCAAAAUCUUUUUUUAAUGUAUUGUAUACUUUCACAGGUUUUCUCUGUUUAUGAUUGAUUAUUUGAUAAUGACUAUGUGUUUCUAGAAGGAACGGUUGAAUGAUUAUAUUUUAAACGUGUCCAGAAGCAACGUCGAGGGAGGAUUCUGAAUACGCAUUAAUAAUCCUAGCAGAUGUAAUAAUUAUAUGCUAAGUAUAGUGCAUUUAUAGUAAUGUAACAGUUAUGUAUAGAUUAAUAUAUAACUAUUACAUCACUAUUACGAUGUGUCUGCUAGGAGUGUGUAGUGCUAUAAGAGUAUCAUGAUGUUAAUAAAGAUUUUAUUUGAUACUA